UCUAAGGCUGUCCUUAUUUGCUCAGUAUGUUGAUUUCUCUUGAAAACAAAAUGUCUUUGCACCUUCUGAAUCAUUGUGGAGGGAGGGUAGUGGAUCUUUCAAAAUGAAAUCAAAAUUUGUGAUUCUUUUACCACCUGAUGGGGGGGUUGUUAAAAGGACAAAGAGAGGGAGGGAGGGGCUAAAUCGAUGUUCUGCUGCUAAACUAAUAUGAAUGUUAUCCAGAAAGCCCAUGAAGAAAAUUUUUAAACUAAAAUAGAAAAUGCUUGAAGCAUUAAGGUCAAGCAGCAUUUAUGUGAAGAGGCUCAUAGGGUUAACGUUCUGAGUGAGUCUUCUCAUGUCAGAAUCCUUUCACCUGAACAUUAACUCAACCUUCUCCUCUCUAUAGUUGCUGCCUGAUCAGCUGAGCAUUUACAGGAUAUUCUGCUUUUAGCUGCAGCAUUAACCAGCAUUUUUUUUUUCCCUAAGACUAUAACUGGUACAGUACAGAUACUGCUCCCAUUAAAUGGCUAAUGUAGAAGAGAGAGACAGCAACUGACUAGAUGGGUAUCCCAUUAUUCACUUAAGAUUGUCAACUGGAAAAACCCAAUUUAAAGCAGUCUUCUGGGUUGUGGCCUUAGCAGGGCCCAUUUUGUUUUUUUUUUGGUUGCUACUAGCUUGAACAGACUCUCCAAUCAGCAGCAGUGCAAGAUUGGAAUAAUAUUAACCCAGUCAUCAACUCUUCAAAGCACACUCAAGCCUGUGGUGAUGGUACUAGGAGCCUGUAUGUGAGUCCUACAUUGUAAUGUAAGACUAGUAACAGCCUGGCUCUUGUACCCAUCACUGAGCUGACAUACUUUAUUGUGAUGGCGAUUGGCUUCACCACCUCCAUCACAUAAUUUUUAUUAAACAUUAUUUUGUUUUAGUAAGAGGAUUAUUGGAGAAAAACUUUCCCUCGUGGAAAUGUCCACAUUAAAAUUAGAGUUAGACCAUUCAGCUAUGACAUCAGACAUAUAUCUUUGAACAAAAGGUACUGGAAAUCUAUAACUCUCUUUUCCAUCCCAAAAGAAAACCAUUGAAGCUGGGUCAAUUGAUAAUUUUGAAAUUGAGCUUGAUUUGUGUUAGGUAAGAUGGUUAACAGUUGUGAAAUCAAGGCAGGCAGAUGCAGUUAAAGUGCAGGUCAGCCAUACAUCUAAUGGAAUGGCAGAACAGGUUUGAGGGACUGACUAACCUCCUUUUGUUCCUGUGUUUCUAAAUAGUGUUUCUGUAAUGGUUCUUAAUCAAGCUUUCUUAAUUUAUCUGUUGUUACCUGGGCAUAGACACUUCAAUCCAAGAGCACAGUUCAGGCUUGGCUUCAUUUUCCCCUGAAUACAAGAGGCACAGAUUCAACUAAAUUAGCGACUGUUUUGUUAAAGGUUUUGGUCAGGCCUUCAAGUUUAUCUGUUAUCUGUGGCUGCUGACCAUCACCCAACCUCAUCAGACAUGACUAAGGCAUUUUAAAACCGCUGUUGCUCACAGAAAAUAAUCCUGCUGCAAUAAUGCAAGUAGAGUUCAAAGAUUCUAGCAGAGUCUUCAGCAAAGAAUCGUCAUGCACAUAGGAUAGUUACUGCACCUUUAUUCUUCAGUACCAGGAAUGUAGUUUCUGGGCCUAAACUUGUUGUAAAAGUGACCCAUUGGAAAUUUAACCGGAUUAGCUUGUCAUCAAUAAUGAUCAACAAAUGUAGUUUUGUCCUGUAUUGCUACCCAGCAUUAAUCGUAAAUGUAUAUUUAUAUAAUUUUUUUCUUGCAUUACUUUCUCUAAAUACAAGAUAACUAGAAAGACACAGAAGCUUUAAGACACAGGCACAGAAUUAUGCUGUUCGGCCCAUUGAGUCUGCUCCACCAUUUGAUCAUGGCUGGCAUGUUUCUAACCCCCAUUUUCCUGCCUUCUCCCUAUAACCCUUGAUCCCCCUACCAAUCAAGAACCUACCUAGCUCUGUCUUAAAUACAUUGCAUAUAUUCUGAGGGAAAAUUAGCUUCUUGUUGCAAAUGGCUUUCAGAAUGUAAAAUUCUUCCUUAUUGCAGGUACAAUACUCUGGAAUGUUUACAGUGAAUCAGAGUGUCAGUGACCUACUUUAUAAAAUGAUGAGCACAAUCUCAGAACUCACUGGUAUAACUGAAGUUCAUUUAAAUAAUCUAGGUGGCACAUCCCAACUGUUCAAUUGCAUUGACUCCAGAGAUUAUAAUUCCCAUUAUUUUUAAUAUAAUGGAAAGAGCAGUUAUACAGUGAAAGCCACUCUGCAGUUAUUGAUGUUUUUGGAGGGAAUGGAGUAAGUGUUAAUCAAGAUGCAUUCUAAAUGCUCCCCUAAUCCACUAUACUAAACACAUUGCUUUCAUGUGAAAUUUGUUGUUGUGUAUUACUAAAAACUUUUUGUCAUUGUUGGUUGUCAUGGGUUCUGUAUUUUUAAGGCUAUAUAUUCCAAAAGGUUUCUCAGUUCCCGGCUGUGCUUUCUACACUAUUAGGAAAUGCCUAAAAUCACAGUUUAAAUCUUGCCACUUCUCUGAAGUGUUGGAAUUUUGCUCGGACAAGGUUAGGGUUUUAGUCCUACAUUUAUUUCAGAUUGUCUGUUCUUUCAAUGCAUACAAUUCCAGCCGUGCAACCUCCAAAAGCCCUUAAAUGGGUUUUAUUAACGAAUAAUAGUGGGGCACAGAGCUGUAGAGGACAGUGUCAACUUUCAUUGGUUUGGAUUAUUAAAUAGUCUAAAAGUAUAAUUGUUUCCCUCUAUCUUGCCAUUAAAUUUUCAGUCCAGCAUUUUCCUUGAGAGAGUUCCUAUUUAAAUCCUCAUAAUAUUUGGUACUCAACCAUACCCAAUUGACUCUUAGUAAGAUUCGUGGUGUGGUAUUCCUUGCUAAUCCAGCAGAUGGAGUUUGUCUGGAACUGCACUAUUAUUGUCGUGUGAUGGAACUUGGGAAAGCUGAAUUUGUAGAACAGAACAAGGUGGCCAUAGAUUUUUCAGAAGGACAGUUUAAAUAUAGAGAAAACUUGGGGUUAGUUUAUUGAAAACAUAUCUACCCUCCAACCAAUUUGGUGAACUUGCUAAUUAUUAAUCAUAGAAAUUGCUGCAAAAUUGGUAGGACCUUCUAGCUUCAUUAAAUCACCAAAGAUAUGUGUUUUGUAUGGGUUAGUGAAAAAUAUGCAGUAGCUAAAUUUUGCAGUGUUGAGGUGGGGAAAAUCUUGCAAAACUUGUGAAUUUAAUAAAGAGCAUGGUGAGAAUUUAAUUGUAAAUAAUAAAAUAAACGAAGGUUAUCUCUCUGUGCAUCACCAUUGCAUUUAAACUACUGCAUGCUAUAAAAUACACUGAUCAGUGUUUGAGCCGGAACAUGACUUGUAUUGGUUUCCCAACAAGGCAAAUCUUUUAAAUGAAGACUUUUGAAUACUGAUGAUAUAGGUUUGGUAUAAUUAAGGUCCGACAGCACUAGAUUUUUAAACACGCACAGCACCAUGAAAAUAUUAAAACAAAAUGACACAUAACAUUUAAAAUUCCCCUCUUCUAUCAAAAUUAGAUAGACUGUGUCAGAAAUAAUUUGAGUGACAGCGGAGGGGGCUCAUAUGAAGGUUUCACAAGUUUUUUUUAUCAAAUCAUCAAAUAAUUUCCUAUGAUUAAACCAAGAAGUUUUCUUUUUGUUAUUGGUUGUUACGAUGGCUUUGGCAAUCACAGCUUCAGCCCCAGUGCACUAGCAGAAUCUUGCUCAGUCUUCAUUGGGAACUAGUUGGUGGUCAUAGAGUAACAUUUGAACUCCUGAAUCAAGCAGCCCCAAACCAAAAGAAAGCCCAUUAGAAAUGGAAGAUAAGGCUCUGAUUAGCCACUACAAACAUAUGUGUUUCAGGGUAGUAAUGGAAAGGUUAAGGUUGUAGGUUAAGUUGAUGAAAACAUCAGCGAGUACGUGAAGAGCAGUUUGUGUGUGAUUGAAUUACCUUUAAACGGCAGUUGUUUGAACUAACUAUUUUCUCUCUCUCUUGCAUAUUUUUAAAUAUCCUUCCAAAUCCUGACAUUAAAAAUGAUCCUUACCUCUGUGCCUGAAUUCGUGACACCCUUCCUAUUCUUUUUUCAAAUCAUCCUUCCCAAAAAUGGAAUUUUUCAAUGGAACAGAACGACAAAGCCAGCUCCACACCUCGAUGGUGUACACGUUGUCUUUGGCCAAGUCAUAACUGGAUUCGACACAAUAAAAGAAAUAGAAAACCUGAAGACAGAUGCUGCCAGCCGACCAUAUGCAGAUGUUCGAAUCAUUGACUGUGGGGAGUUUGUCCCUAAGUCUGCAAGUCAUGUAACCGAGCGCAAGAAAAAGGUGACUACUUCCUACUCUUCGCACGAAUCUGAGACCAGUUCUGAUUCUUCAACAUCUUCCAAGUCAUCAGAGUCUGAGUCGGAAACCGAAGAAGAAAGGGAAAGGAGAAGGAAACGGAAGAGGAAGAUGAGAAGCAAACACUCAAAAAGACGGAAAGAAACCAGAAGCAAAAAGAGAAAAUUAUCUUCCCAUCAGAAGAGCAGUCAUAAUGGUGUAGAUGAAGAGGAUGAUAAAGACAGAGAAUCAAACCCAAAGCGACAGAAACUGUCGGUAAGGCCCGAAGAGAUUCCUCCAGUACCAGAGAACAGAUUUUUGCUCAGGCGGGAUUUGCCGAAACCAGAUACUGAACCCAAAGUUCAGGAAGCACCCUCAACCCAUAAUGAUCAGAAACCAGUGGUGUCAAAAUCAGGCCGUAAAAUUAAAGGCAGAGGCACAAUGCGCUAUCGAACACCUUCAAAAUCUAGAUCACACUCAGAAUCUGAACUGGAUGAGGAAAGCAGUGAAACACCACCUCAUUGGAAGGAAGAAAUGCAGCGAGUCAGAACUUACCGUGCUGCCAGUUUGGAGAAAUGGACUAAAGGAGACAAGUUAAAGUCAGAGUCGCGUAGGUGGAGCGACAGAUCAGCUUCUCCGUGGUCACAGUCCUGGUCACAUGAUGGCUACUACUCGGAUGAUCACAGCCGGCGGAAAUCUAGCCACUAUAAGAGAACUAAAAAGGAACGGAGGAAAAUCAAAGCAAAGAAAAAAUCCAAGAAGCAGAAGCAUUCGAGAAGACAUAAAGUACACAAACAUAAAACAAAGGAGACCUCUAUUCCUCCAGAAUCUUCACGUUCAUUAAGCUGUAAAACAAAGUCUUCUCUCGAGCAUGAAAAGAAAUCUCCGUCAUCAGCCUCUUCAAGACACUCAUCAGAGAGUGCAUGGUCUGAGUCUUCCACUCAUCAGUCAUCUUCAGCCAGUACAGUUUCUCGCUCCUAUUCAAGAUCAAAGUCUCGGUCUCGAUCCAAAGGAAGAUCCCGGUCCAGGUCUAGAUCCAGGUCCAGGACCAGGUCAAGAUCCAGGUCCAGGACGAGAUCUAGGUCUAGAUCUAGGUCCAGGUGUAGGUCUCGAUCCAGGUCCAGAUCCAGGUGUAGUUCAAGCUCUAUAUCAUCAAGAAGUAGAUCCACAUCUAGAUCUAGUUCAAAAUCCAGACGUGCCAGAAGGAGAAGUACACGAACGCACUUCGAAAAUCUAAACCAAACAAAACUUGAUACUUCAAGAGUUGCUGCCAAGGAAAACGAGAAAAAUGUAACACUCACUGCUCCAGUCGAAGCUGUUCCUGCAGUUCCUUUAAGUGAGAGUCCUCCACCGUCACGGUGGAGACCAGGCCAGAAACCUUGGAAGCCUUCCUACGUUCGGAUCCAGGAAGCCCAGGCAAAACUAAGUGAAACAACACCUACGUUGAGCAGUAGAGAUUCAAAAUGUUCGAGAGAGGAUGACCUGUCUCCAUCUUUACGGAAACAACGUAGAAAUUCAGAUUCUAGGCGGCACUAUAACACUGACCGUGAGAGUGAUCGAAGUUCAACCUCAGACUAUCAGAAGAGUUCACGGAGCAGAGGAUUUAGUUCCAGGUCAAGGAGUCGGUCAUAUUCCAGGUCAAGGAGCCGGUCUAGUUCAAGAUCACGGUCUCCGACUAAAUCCCCUUACCAUGAAUCCUCUUACUCCAAAUCAUCCAGUCAGUCAUACGAGUCUAUAGAACUGUGCGUACCUAGCAGCGAUGAGAAAUUUGACAAAAUUCAAAAGAAAAAUUCUGUUUCUAUUAAACAUGGUAAAGAUCAGCAGGCAAUCUCUACUGCCAACCAUGCUAACAAGGAGCUUGAAACUGGAAAGAAAUAUGAAAAGAAGCACAGUGUGUCGUCUUCACACUGUUCCAGCGAGAGUGAGUCUGUUAAGUAUGAGAGGGGAAAGGAAAAAGCUGAAUCUAAGAGACAUAACGUUUCAAGCUCUCAGACAGAAUCUCUCAAAAAAAGCCAUAGUAGCAAAAAGGCAGAGGGAAAAUGUGAACGCUCCAGCAAAAUUUCCACCAAGGAACAUGCCACUGUGAAGUAUGGCUCGUCCAAUGAUCGGGUGCAACGGCCAAAGAAGAAAUCUUCAAGAACCAAAUCCUCUGAAAGGAAACUUGCUGCAGGGUCUUACAGCAAAGAUGGGGAAACUACAAAGAAAGUUCACAAAAAGCCAAAGUUGAAAUCCGAGACUGAGUCUGAAACUGAACAGAGUAAAAGCAGCAAGGUGCAGUCUGGGACCACCUCAGAAGAGGGAGAAGUGGUACAGAAAUAUGAUGGUGGUGAGACAGAAGGGAAAGUGUCGAACAGAAGAGUGAAUUCAAGAUCUGAGGUGUGCAGUGCCAAAUCUUCUGUGUCGUCCAGCUCGGAAGGGAGCAGCAGACAGCCAUCAGCCAGAAGGUCCUCUGUUGCGAGCAGUUCUUCAGGUUCGGCAAGAGAAAAUGAAAAGAGGCGAAAGAAGAAAGUGAAACACAAACUUAAGAGUAAGAAAAAGUCAAAAUCAAAGAGUACCAAAUUCAAAAAGAAAAACGAGAAGAAAAAGGUUAAAAAGGUUCCAAAAACGAAGGAGAAAUUCCAUUGGCAGCCACCUCUGGAGUUUGGAGAAGAGGAGGAAGAAGAGACAAAAACUGAUGGACCUGGCAUAAAUGAUGUUAAAUCUAAGGUAAGGAACACACUAUCCAGUGGGGGAAGGCACGAUGCUGAUAACAACGUAACAAACUGUGCUGCUGCAAUAAAAGUCAGCCAUCCAGUCAAAGAGAAUGCAGAACUGCAUGAAUCACCAACAAGUGCCUCAGGACUCAAACAGGAAGUGGAAUCACCAUCGAAACAGAGGAAAGGUGAUUCGGCAAAGGCUGAAACCGCAGCAGCAAAACCAGGAGCAGCGGAAAAAGCUAAGCCCCCAAGCCAAACUGUGAGGAGCACCACCCCAGAGAAAUGCACUUCUGCCUCAGCAGCACGGAAAAGCAGUGAGAAAGAAGGGUCUUCUUCUGAAGCAGGAUGUUCCAAAGGAAUGAAGAGUGCAGGAAUCAAAUCAGAAAAUGACACCUCAGCAGAGAAAGCUGGACAGAAUAAGAAAGAAACAAAUGGCGCUGAGACAGUCCAAUCAUCCGACAUCAAUGGGAGUGCAGUGGAAAGUAACAUGAGGGCAGAAAACGAGCUAACUGACAGUAACAAAUGGAAACCUUUAAAAGUAUUACCAAGUGUGCAAUCAGCCAGCCCUUUAGUUAAUCCAGAGGUGAAAGUAGAGGCUACUGAAUCUGAUGGCAAACCCCAAGGACUAAAAAUAGAAAUUAAAAGCAAAAAUAAAGUCAAACCAGGCUCUCUUUUUGAUGAAGUUCGGCGGACAGCAAGGUUGAACCAAAGGCAGAGAAACCAAGAAACUUCGAGUGAAGAAGACUCACCAUCCAGAGAUAGCAAUAGCAGGUCUCGAAGUCAGAGUAGCUCACGUGGCCAUUAUAGAUCCAGUUCAAGAGACAGAACACAUUCCCGAACAAGAUCACGGUCAACCAGUCGAUCAAGGAGUCGGUCAAGAAGUUACAGCUCUUCUUACAGGUCACGCAGUUACAGCAGAAGUCGAAGUCGACGUAGACACAGCAGAGGUCACUCAAGUAACAGCAGCUCCUAUAGAAGCUACAGAAGUCACAGUAGAACCUAUAGUCGAAGUCGAUCUCGGAGCCUGUCAUCUAGACGUCACCGGAGGUCUCGGUCUGAUUCAUAUGAUAGCUACGACAGUAGGAGCAGGAGUCGGAGCCGUAGCUACCACAAAUCCAGAAGGUCCAGAAGCUGGGACAGAAGCUACAGGUCAUACCGAUCGUACAGUAGGAGUGAUCGGAGUUACUCUCGCCAUCGGAGCCACAGCGAGAGCAGCAGGUAUAGCUGAUGGACACAACUCUGCCUGGGUUGCCCUCAUUCUUGCGAAAUGCCUUCCUUCUUUCCCUGCACAGAUUCAGAACUAUUUAUUGAUGACUGAUGCAUUCAAGCCGUUUCUUUAAGCGUUGGGGACAAAGACUGCAAUGAAGCAACUAUGUGCAAGGGUAUCACAGCAGUUAGUGGGAGGGAGGGUUCGUUUUGAUUUUUCUGUUUUUCUUCUUUUUGCAAAAGAAAUGUAUUAAACUCUUAGCGGUUCUUGCUGAGAAGAAAUGUAUUUGUAUCUGCAGUUUUGUAUGUAAGCAAUAAUAUUUACCUUUAAUAUGUACUGUACUUAACUGCGUUAUCCUGUCAUAGUUUAAAGUGGAAGAAAAGUAAAUUUUCAUACAUUCUACUUGGUCUUGGUUCAUUUUUGGCUUCAUCUUUGUCUAAAGGAUUCAUAUUGAAUGAAUUAAAAUGUAUCUUUUAAAA